UUCACUCAGUUUGACGCAUUACCAAUGAGGAGCAAUAGCUCUAAGAAUUCAUUUGAAAAAUUUCAAAAGUUCAAAACUAAUUUCAAUUGCAGCUGUUUCCUACUAACCGAACCAACGAUGUCUCCUGAUCCGUUCAUACUAUUAUUGAUAGCUCUAGCUCUGAAUGUAGGAUACACAUCGGAAGCCACCAGUGACGAUAAUUACUGCCGCAAGGAAACGUGUCCCGGAGGAAAGAUACACAUUGGUUGUGAUUGCAGCUCGAAAGCGAAGUUGUCCUACGGACCCCAGUGCACAGGAAAGAAUCCACGUAAAAUCACCGUCGAUAAGAAAAUGCGGUCUUUGAUCUUGCGAAAGCACAAUUCCCAGCGGAAUUCGAUUGCCUGUGGCCAGAUCACGCCGUACCCCCCGGCUGCCAGGAUGUUCGAAGUGCUAUGGGAUAACGACUUAGAGCAUCUGGCCUGGUGCAAUGCAAGACGGUGUGUGUAUGGACAUGAUCAAUGUCGAAACACGAAGAAGUACCCAUCUGCAGGGCAAAAUAUCGCAUCUAAGACAGCCUGUAAAACAGUUCAGUUGGAGCCAGAAGAUAUCAUUGUUAGCAGCAUCGAGACAUGGUUCCUGGAGCAUAGGAAUGCCACCCCCGCCAUGGUGGAACGAUAUCCAGGAAAAAUACGGAACGGUCCGAUAGGGCACUUUACAGUUCUCGUGAACGACCGCGUUCGACGUAUCGGAUGUAGCCUGAUCGUGUACGACGCUCGGGUGCGCGCUGGAUCAAAGAAGACCUGUCAAACUCAUUACCUGGUUUGCAACUACUCCUCGACAAAUUUUAUGCUAGAGCCGACCUACGUCAAAAGCCAAUCACCAGCGCAAAAUUGUGACGGUCUCUCGAAACAAUACUCCUGCCUCUGUGCCGCAACAGCGAAAAGUCUUCGACGACGGAAACACGCUGCUAAUGACGCAAACGAGUAAACACCGUUAAUCAACCAGGCACGUGGUUCGUUUAUUUACAGGAACACCCAUUUUAAACAGUACCGAAUGCCACUGGUCGGAGAGUCGUUUUCAUUCCCCAUCUGAAACAAAUUUCCUUCGUUGGCAUCCGAACUUCAGCAGGGUUAUAAAAAAAGAUGUAGAUCUAGUUUUAUUUCAUUGGUUUUAAAGGAGUGUAAUUUUUAUAAUUUUUUACACAGUUGUAUUAAAAAUUCGUGUUUUGAAAUGGUAUUCUAAACAUAGGUAACAAUGGUAUUCUAAACCUUGAUUACAUAUUGCUUUGAAUAGAAAAUCAAAGUUGAAUGGUAAACAAUUCCAUAUUUUUUAAACCAAAUUGAUACUAUUACCACGAAUAACAAUACUUGAGAAUAAAGAAAGUGAUAUUUGAAUAAGCUAUUACAUGAAAAUUCGACCAUACACGGGAGACCAGAGUGUCUUAUUUCAUUCGACUGAAAGUUCUCAUGAUCAAUAGUUUGCUACGGAAUUGAAUCCACAUACGACAUCCGAUUCGAAAGUUACAGGGUAAUGAGUGUUGAAAAUACCAUGACCACUUAUUUCAAACAUAUAUUCAAUCACAGCUAUGCUUUUAGUUACUAGUUGAACAUAAGGUUAUUUGACGUUGGGAAAUCAUUACGUUUUCCGUAAGCGUAGGUACAAAUCGUUACUGUGAAUUUAUAUUGCAGUAACAUAAGUAUUAUAAAAUUAUACCAUACCAUUUCCGCACCGAUUCAGACAGCUAUCUGUAGGGUUUCGCAACGCAUUGAUAACGAAAAAGCAACGUGUUGGUUAGAAUUUGGCGAACACAUUAUGAAGUCGCAAGAAGUUUAUGAUAGGUUAUUUCAGUAUUACAAACUUAAGUUCACGUGGGAGCAUGACUUGCAAAUUGAAUCAACGAAUAAUAACAUAAGAGUUUCUGUGCUAUUCACACUCAUCCGUAUGUCGGGUAAAAUUCACAGCGCAACCCAAGCAAGGAGAGAUGCUUCGUUUGUUCAUUAUUUCAUGAAUAUGUGCUCCAGCUGAUAACUGUGCUUCAUGAGGUUAGCGUUUAAUGAAUGGUUCUCAUAUUGAAGAUGCCUUCGAGAAAACUAGAUUCAUAACAUUUAGUUCCGAUGAAUAUCAAUUUAAAGAACAUCGUUUUUAGUGUUUCUAGGAUAUAUACACAGUGUAAACUCCAAAGAAACAACUUGUCCGUUUUGAAAAUGGGCUCAAAUGCAAAAUUUAUGCUAUGCAAUGUUUAAAAUAGUUUUGAAAUGUGAUCAAUUUUGGUCUUGGAAUGCAAACAUUAAGGUCAAAAAUGAUUUUUGCAAACCUACACUGAAAACAACAAUGCCUGUAUGACCUUGCAUCGCGUCUUGUAGUACGCUGCGAAACAAAGUUCUUCGUUCUCGUACAGUACUAACGAGAGCGUACCCUUCAUUUCACUGCAUUGCCAUGGAUUGCUUAGUUCAUGUGUCAACUGAGACUGAGAGCACAGGCAAUUUACAAGGCAAGGUAACUGGUCUGCUCAGUAGCAUAUAUUCUCACGCAUCCGGUUUCUCUCUAAUAAGGAGUGUAUCGAGAAUGAGCUAUCCACAAACAUUUGUGUUGUACGUAUGUAUUUGUGAUGGUUUUUUAUGCUCAGAUCACAGCAUGCUGUUCGUUUGGCUGCCAGCUUUCGUUUGUUUACUUGUUUAUGCGGUUGAAAUUCUGCGUUUUCAAAAUAUCGCGUAUUGAAAAGGAAGUGAAAAUUGAGGUUCUGGACACAUGGCUAAGUGAGAAGGGUAUUACUAUGCGAAAAUUGGCGAAGCGGUUUGGAAUUCAUCAUGCCAGUGUUAAAACCAUCAUUAAUAAAUUUGGGGAACACUAUUCUUUGGAUGAGCUACCAGGAAGAGGCAGAAUAUCCGUUUCUUCUAACUCGAAACUGGACCAGGUAUCUCUAAUCAUGAAGAACAAAUCAAUGUCAAUAAGUGAUUUGGCCAAAAAAGCAGGAACGAAUAUCGGAAUGAUCCAGCGUAUCAAGAGGCGAAAUCACCUGAAGACAGAAAAUCUCGAAACAAAGUGUAGAACAG